GUAAAAUUUUCACCGACGUAGGAAACGAAGAGGAAACGAAGAGGAAGAAAAAGUGCCGAUCGCCGACGAUGACAUGUCGCGACGCGCGGUCGAGUCAGUGAGUGUGCAACGGUGUUGAUCACGGUGCUGGCGAUCGUCGACGGGCGUUUAGUAUGACGACUAGCUGACGGAUGUAUCUCUUCUCUAUCUCCUCACGGCGUCGGCGGGGUUGACGAUUGAGCGGACAGCGGAAGACACCCUGCCGGAGAAGAAAAUUCGAUAUACCGUUUUUCCCGGAGGGAUUGAUUGGAACCCGAGGCUGCUCUCAAGGGUGAUUUUUCGUAGUUUCUUUCCGGACGAAUAGAAGCCAAGAUUGGAGGUUGAAAUGACGAUAGUGGUGUUAUAGACGAUGUUGCCUUUGAAGGAUGCUGGGUGGCGUGGGAGGUCGGCACGUGUCUACGCGUCGGCGUGGCAGCAAUCCGCUUGUGCGUGGAAGUGUGGGCCUCAUCGGGUAUGGUGCCACAUCCGGGACCAGCGGUGGUCUCGGAAACACCGAUGGAAACGCGACGCAGUUGGAUGCGAUGCCCCGAUAUGCCGCUAGGAGACGGAGGGCUGUCACCACUAGCGAUCACAAGAGCUGCGCCCUUAUACAAACGCGGCUCAAGCUUGGUGAUAUUAUGUUGGCAGCAGCGCAAGAGGCGGCACAAAGGGAUCCUGGAUACGCGAGUCAGUAUUACGGGAGAAGGUCGAGGUUGGCCGGAUUGAGGAGUGGUCUCGGUGACUGGACUAGCUUCGGAGGGGAGGUACCUGGUCUGGUGGACAUGGCGCCAGGCCGGGAUCAAGGUGGAGGGGGAGGCGGUGGCGGUGGGGGAGGCGGCAAGGGCACCACAUCGUUGUUUAUUCUUUCGGAAGAUAAUUGGAUACGGUCGAAGGUACGCGGUGUCAUCGAGUGGCCGCCCUUCGAGUACGCCGUCCUGCUCACCAUCAUCGCCAAUUGCGUGGUCCUCGCCCUCGAGGAGCACCUGCCGAGGCAGGAUAAGACCGUACUCGCACAGUCGCUCGAGUCCUCCGAGAUGUACUUCCUCGCGAUCUUCUGCGUCGAGGCGAGCCUCAAAAUUAUUGCCCUCGGCUUCGUCCUCCACCGCGGCUCAUACCUGCGCAACAUCUGGAACAUCAUGGACUUCUUCGUCGUGGUGACCGGGAUCAUCACGUCGCAAGGCAAAGACCUGGAUAUGGAUCUGCGCACGUUGCGUGCGAUACGCGUGUUGCGACCGCUCAAACUUGUCUCCGGCAUACCGAGUCUUCAGGUGGUGCUCAAGUCUAUCAUUAAGGCGAUGGCGCCGCUUCUGCAGAUCGGCUUGCUGGUACUCUUCGCCAUCGUGAUAUUCGCCAUUAUCGGCCUCGAGUUUUAUUCGGGAACCCUGCAUAAAACGUGUUACAGUAUAAAGGACAUCAGUGUAAUCAUAAAAGAGGGCGAGAUGCCGAGUCCGUGUAGCGCAGACAACAAAAAUGAUGCCCCGCCCGGGUCCCACGUGUGCGACGCGAACGUCUCGACGUGCAUGGAUCACUGGGAGGGACCAAACUCGGGCAUCACUAGCUUCGAUAACAUCGGAUUCGCCAUGCUCACUGUCUUCCAGUGUAUCACUAUGGAGGGCUGGACUGCCAUAUUGUACUGGACAAAUGACGCUAUUGGCAGCACGUACAACUGGAUUUACUUUAUACCAUUGAUCGUCCUUGGAUCAUUCUUCAUGCUGAACUUAGUUCUUGGUGUCUUGAGCGGAGAGUUUGCGAAGGAGAGAGAAAAGGUGGAGAACCGGCAGUCCUUCCUGAAGUUGCGAAGACAGCAGCAGCUUGAGCGCGAAUUGAAUUGUUACCUCAAUUGGAUCUGCAAAGCAGAAGAGGUGAUACUCGCCGAAGAGAGGACCACGGAAGAGGAGAAAAUGCACAUAUUAGAAGCAAGAAGAAGAGCAGCGGCAAAGAAAAGAAAGUUGAAAAAUCUCGGCAAGAGCAAGAGCACCGAUACAGAGGAGGAGGAAGGUGAAGACGGCGAGGACGAUGGGUUCUCGAGAGCCUCCUACUUUAAGUCGAAGGUGAAGAAGCAGGGCACGUGCCUACAGUUCUGGCGAGCUGAGAAAAGGUUCAGGUUUUGGAUACGUAAUUCCGUCAAGUCGCAACAGUUCUAUUGGUUCGUCAUUGUUCUUGUGUUCUUUAACACCGUCUGCGUGGCCGUCGAGCAUUACAAUCAGCCAAAAUGGCUCACCGAUUUCCUCUAUUUCGCAGAGUUUGUGUUCCUGGGCCUCUUCAUGAUGGAGAUGUUCAUAAAAGUCUACGCGCUCGGUCCUCGCGCAUACUUCGAAUCGAGCUUUAAUCGCUUCGACUGCAUCGUCAUCUCGGCCUCGAUCUUCGAGGUGAUCUGGUCCGAGUUGAAGUCUGGCUCUUUCGGCCUCUCCGUCCUACGUGCUCUUAGACUCCUGAGAAUUUUUAAGGUCACCAAAUACUGGAAGAGCCUGAGGAACCUCGUGAUAUCGCUGCUAAGUUCGAUGCGCAGCAUCGUUUCCCUUCUCUUCCUACUCUUCCUCUUCAUCCUCAUAUUCGCGCUGCUCGGUAUGCAGCUAUUCGGUGGCCAAUUCAACUUCGACGAUGGCACGCCGCCCACUAACUUUAACACCUUUCCCAUCGCACUACUCACUGUCUUCCAAAUCCUGACUGGAGAAGACUGGAACGAAGUGAUGUACAAGGGUAUCGAGUCGCAGGGCAUGGCCCAUUCGCUUUACUUCAUCGUGUUGGUGCUCUUUGGCAACUACACCCUGCUGAACGUCUUCUUGGCUAUCGCCGUUGACAAUCUCGCGAACGCGCAAGAACUAAGCGCCGCCGAGGAGGAGCAGCAGGAGGAGGAUAAGGAAAAACAGUUGCAGGAACUCGAGAAGGAGAUCGAGUCGCUGCAGAGACCCGCGGACGCACCGAGGGUGGAAAUCUGCCCUCCAAGUCCAACGCAGAAUUUAUUAAAAAAUGUAAAACGCAAUAUUGACGGAGAGCUACAAAGUGGAGAACGACGUCUCGUCUUUUCCAGCAGAGACGGAAGAAUUGAAACCCAGACGUCCGAAGAGAGGAGGCAGGAUGAAGACGACACGGGACCAAAACCAAUGCUGCCAUACUCCUCCAUGUUUAUACUGUCCCCUACGAAUCCCAUAAGAAGAGGUGCCCAUUGGGUCGUGAACCUUCGAUACUUCGACUUCUUCAUAAUGGUGGUGAUAUCGUUGUCGAGUAUUGCGCUGGCCGCUGAGGAUCCUGUUUCAGAGAAUGCGCCAAGAAACAAAAUCCUCAACUACUUCGAUUACGCGUUUACCGGCGUCUUUACCGUCGAAAUGGUGCUGAAAAUCAUCGAUCUUGGUAUCAUACUGCACCCGGGCUCAUACCUGCGCGAGUUCUGGAACAUUAUGGAUGCGGUCGUAGUGAUAUGUGCUAUGGUGUCAAUCGCCUUUGACAUACUCGGUAGUUCCUCUACGGCCAGUCAGAACCUUUCGACCAUUAAAUCGCUACGAGUGCUGCGAGUACUCAGGCCGCUUAAGACAAUAAAGCGCGUGCCGAAGCUGAAGGCGGUGUUCGACUGCGUGGUGAACAGUCUCAAGAAUGUCAUUAACAUUCUCAUAGUGUACAUAUUAUUUCAAUUCAUAUUCGCCGUAAUUGCGGUGCAGUUGUUCAACGGUAAAUUCUUCCACUGCACCGACGAGAGCAAGUAUACGCAAGAGGAUUGCAAUGGUCAUUUCUUCGUUUUCGAGGAGGGUAAUAUGCUACCGGAGCUCAAGCCACGGAAGUGGCAAUCCCAGUCCUUUCACUAUGACAACGUGAUGGUGGCUAUGCUAACGUUGUUCGCUGUCCAGACCGGCGAAGGCUGGCCACAGAUCUUGCAAAACUCGAUGGCGGCCACAUACGAGGACCAGGGCCCUAUCCAGAACUUUCGUAUCGAAAUGUCCAUUUUCUACAUCGUCUAUUUCAUCGUCUUUCCAUUUUUCUUCGUCAACAUCUUCGUGGCCUUGAUUAUCAUCACGUUCCAGGAGCAGGGAGAAGCUGAACUGCAGGACGGUGAAAUCGAUAAAAAUCAGAAAUCAUGUAUAGACUUUACAAUACAAGCUCGUCCGCUCGAAAGGUAUAUGCCGAAGGAGCGGAAUAGCGUUAAGUACAAAAUCUGGAGGAUAGUUGUAUCUACGCCAUUCGAAUAUUUUAUCAUGAUACUCAUCGUAUUGAACACAAUAUUGCUUAUGAUGAAGUUCCAUCGGCAAAGCGAUUCGUACAAGAACACGCUGAAGUACAUGAACAUGUGCUUCACGGGGAUGUUCACUGUCGAGUGCGUACUGAAGAUCGCAGCAUUCGGCGUGAAGAACUUCUUCAAGGAUGCUUGGAACACCUUCGAUUUCAUCACUGUGAUCGGCAGCAUCGUGGACGCCCUCGUGAUCGAGUUCGGGGACCGAUCGAGCGUGCCCAGUGGUGGCCAGCUAGGCGAAAAGAAGGAGAACUUCAUCAACGUCGGCUUUCUGAGGCUCUUUCGCGCCGCCAGACUGAUCAAACUACUGAGACAGGGGUACACGAUACGUAUUUUACUCUGGACCUUCGUACAAUCCUUUAAAGCUCUGCCUUACGUUUGUCUCCUCAUAGCAAUGCUGUUCUUCAUCUACGCUAUCAUCGGUAUGCAGGUAUUCGGUAACAUCAAGCUGGAUGCUGAUACCUCUAUUACGAAGCACAACAAUUUCCAAAGCUUCAUACAAGGUCUGAUGCUACUUUUUCGGUGUGCCACGGGCGAGGCUUGGCCAAACAUUAUGUUAUCCUGCGUAAAGGGCCGUCCCUGCGACCCAAAAGCCGAGAAGUCUGAACAGGACGGUUGCGGCUCCAACAUCGCCUAUGCUUACUUCGUGUCGUUCAUCUUUUUCUGCUCAUUCCUCAUGCUAAAUCUCUUCGUCGCCGUCAUCAUGGACAACUUCGAUUACCUUACGCGGGACUCGUCGAUUCUGGGCGCACAUCAUCUCGACGAGUUUGUGCGGAUCUGGGCUGAAUAUGAUCCAAACGCCACUGGCAAGAUCCACUACACAGAGAUGUACGAUAUGCUAAAGAAUAUGGAUCCGCCGUUGGGGUUUGGCAACAAGUGCCCAAAUCGACUUGCGUACAAGAAGCUCAUCAGAAUGAAUAUGCCGGUGGACAGUGAUGGCAAGGUGAACUUCACAACAACGUUGUUCGCCCUCAUUCGCGAGAAUCUCAGUAUAAAAAUGCGAUGCGCCGAUGAAAUGAAUCAAGCCAAUGAAGAGCUGCGGGACACGAUCAGAAGUAUUUGGCCUUUACAAGCGAAAAAGAUGUUGGACCUUUUGAUACCUAGGAAUGAAGAAUUGAGUAGAGACAAACUCACCGUGGGUAAGAUAUACGUCUGCCUUCUAAUACUCGAAAGUUGGAGGUCGACGAAGUUUGGUCAGCUAAAGUCUGCUGAACAGAACGAUAACGAUCUUAUCGAUAACGAUAAUGCUGGGCAAAGUCCUGCAGCCCAGGCGCCAUCGGCCUUCUUCAACUGCUUGCUGGACAUGGCGGCGGUAAAUCACACCGGAAAUAAUCACGGAGCUGGAAGUAGAGCGAACAGCCUCGAACCGGUGAUGCGACCGGCCAUAGAAGUGAAGCACGAACGACACAGAGACCACACGGAUGAGGAGGAAGGGGCUCUAGGCGUCCUCGCAGCCGCCGAGCACAGACGUCAGCGUAGCAUCAGAAACAAAAAGGUGAACUGGAAGAUGUCUCGCCAGUACGAUAUACUAGGCAGCAGCGGAGAGAGUAGCCAGGGAGGGGGUGGGUCUGGGGUUGUACUCGUAGUUAAUGGCGAGGAUCGCGCCCCCGAGCUAGAGCCAUUGCUGGCCGAGGUGCCCUCCCAGCGGGAUGAUCAAAACAACUACUACCACGACCAUCACCAUCACGACCAAUACUACUACGAUACCGACAAUGAUCAAUACUAUGACCAUCACCAAUACUACCACCACCACCAUCACCAUCAUCAUGACCACCGACCACCCUCGUACUACCAACACCAGAACACCUACGCACCUCGCUCCUCGAUCCGUUACCACAAGGAGUUGCAAGACGUCAUACCGUCCGACUCGCGUGCUGGUAGCCUCGAGAGUCUCACGCAUCCUGGUGAUAGAGUCCUUCGUCCGCAUCCCUCGGCGCUCCUCUCUAGACGUUCACGAUCACCAAGUAUAAGAAGACACUCGCCAAUAAUGCCUAGAUCGCCAUCGCCAAGGCGACAAGGCCGGUACGACCAUCAUGGUCAUUACCACGACGGACCAGGGUUUAGCGACACCGUUAGCAACGUCGUCGAGAUACAAAGGCACACUCAUCAUCCCCAUGCGUCACAAUAUAAUCAUCGGCAUAGGAUACGAGACUAUUACGACCACUGCGACUAUUACGACGAUGGUCCAUGGAGCGCGUCGACGAGUCCGGCCAGGUCACCAAGUCCGGUUCACAGGAUCGAACGUGGUGGCCAUUAUGGCACGACGAGUCUGGAGCAGCGUUCGAGGAGCCCGAGCCCGAUAGGCAGUGGUCGUCCGCGUCAUCAUCGCCAUCAUCCGCAUCAACACAGCUAUCCGGUGCUGGUCGCGAGAAGAGGCCAGGGUCGUCGGCUGCCCCCGACGCCGAACAAGCCAUCGACCCUACAGCUGAAACCGACCAACAUCAACUUUCCCAAGCUGAAUGCCUCGCCUACUCACGGACCGCAUGGCGUGGCACCGAGUGGACUGACCCACGUGCCAGUGGGACCUGUAUCCGGUCAUGUUCUGCAGCAUCCACAUCCGCCGUCGCACAUUCCACCUUCCAUGCAGUCGAGUCAUCAUCCGUUGAGCUUCGAGCAGGCUGUCGCGAUCGGCCGCGGUCGUUUACUGCCCAGCCCGGUGCCCAACGGUUACAAACCACAACCGCAAUCCAAGCAAAGAGCACCUAGGUCGAGGCACUCGGACAGUGACGAGGACGAUUGGUGCUAGCCAAAGUGGGACCCUGGACGGUGGUCCGGUGACGUGGACGCCCCCAGGCGUCUCAGGGUUUGUGCAUGAUAGUCGUCCACGUGGGACGCGCGUUGAUUUCGAUAUGAAAGUAAUGGAAGAACCGCAGUCGACGAGCUCGAAGCUCCUGGAGGUUUCCUCCAGAUUUCGACUGGCCGAAGAAUAGCUUCAUGAAGGAGUUGUUCCAGUUACGGCAUUGCGGCGAAAGAGAUCUAAGAGAAUUGAAAACAAGGCAAACGAUUCCAGGCGGACGAUUGUUCGGAGCGAUUUCCGGUGGCUAAACACGGCGACCGAACAGGGUCAGCAAAUACUAUAUAGAAAUCGAUUUCUCGCGCACAGGAGAAAUCGGCAGAACUAUCACUCAUAUAUUGACGUCGCAUGAAUCCGCGAACGAGGAAGAGUGCGACGUACGCGAUUCUACGAAUUGAUCGAGGUGCAAUCAAAUGGCUGAGCUCGAUGAAUCUCGAAGAUCCGAUUUUGGAGCCUGGAGAUCGGGUCAAAAGUAUCGGGAACGAACGAUCGCCUGAUGCGAGGGAUUUGAAAGAUAAAUUCUAUUCAAUCGCUGUAGUCGAAGACGCUCUAUAUUGGUGCGAACGACGCAUGAUGAAGCGAAGAUGGAUCUCUCGAGAUCGCGAGCGACGUCUACGUCGAGAGACAAGGUGGUAGGUUGCAGUGAAACUCGUCGUGAAUGACAGUGAUUGAUUAAUGAGCGGACGUUCCAGGAGAGCUCGAAAUCCUCCGAUAUUAUAUUCGCGAGUUAAUAUUUCGAUCUUACCUCGGCUUGAUCGAAUGAAGACCGUCUCGAGGAAGACUUACUUUUUAUACAAUUUUCCGGAGGAGAGACUCAUCGAACGCCCGAAUUGCGCUGUGAUCACCACGAAACGUUCUCUUACGUGCGUGUGCAUUUAUGUAUGUAUGUAUGUUCGUAUGAUCUUGUGCGUGCAUGCAUAAGAAAACCCCCUUCCCCCAUAAUUAGUCAGAAAUCGCGACUGAUGUACCGAAUCAUUCCACUUCCACUCGUGAAAGCGCCGAUUAAAUAAUGUUAAUUGUUCAACGACGACAAUUGAAGGACAAUUGAGGGAGACUGAAGCGAGAGAAUGGAAAGACGAAAUGGUAGUUAUAUAGUUUCAGGAUUUGAUAAGGUUUACAUCGUCACUUUCAAUUUUGAAAACUAAAAAAUUAAACAAAAUAAUUUGAAAUGGCGAUGUUUUAUUUUGAAAUCUGAAAAUCUGUUUUGUAUUUCUUCGCUUCGCUGUAAGCAUCGUUGGACGAUUCGUCGGGAAAUUCAGCCGUGCGAACAGAACGGACUGCCAAGCGGGUAUUUCCUAAUGAAUAAACAAACCAAUGAGAAAAGAAUUAAUAGGAUUAGAAAUUAGAUUGAAAGUCGAAACAAAAGAUUCUAAUAAUUCUGCCAGGAUUUAGGUCACCUCCAUUUUGCCAUUGACAAAAUCCCAUGAACUCAAGAUCCUAAUAAAAUGCGAAUAAUUAGAAAUCGCUUCGCCGAGAGAGAGAGAGAGAGAGAGAGAGAGAGAGAGAGAGAGACGCGAAAGAACCGUUACGAGAUACCAAUCUUGUUCACAGUCGCGGUUCUUGUGAAAUCAAAAUGCGAGACGAUUGUAGUUAUUGUAAGGGUAAACUCAAGAAACAGAAGGAAGAAGAAAGCGAACGUAAAUGUCGUCGUUAAUUCGCGCGGAUGUUGCUUCGCAAUUAGUGCCAAUCAACAGUGACUGGUAAAAAGUUCAGGAAAUGAGGAUCACGAUCGAGAAAUGCACAAUUGGAAUACGGGGUGAGAAGGGUGAAUAAUUUGUUGGGGGGGGGGGAGACGCGUAAAAGGGAAAGACAGAAAGAGAAUCAAUGACGCGGAGAGAUAAAUAAUUCUUACCAUACAGUUUUCAAAAGCACUCCUGUAAAUUACUGCGUAUAAUUGAAUUACAAUACUUAUUACUUAUCACUGCUAAUACCGUUAUUAAAUUAACACCUGCAGAAAAAGAGAUGAAAAACAGCUACUUCACUCUACUAUUACACUAUUACUAACUACUGCUACUACCA